CCCGCUUUUCAUGCAUUUACUGGGUGUGAUUUUACUUCGUCGUUUUUCAGGAUGGGUAAAGCAAAGCCAUGGAAAAUUUUUCAAGGUAACGAAGUAUACAUUGAUGUCUUGGCAAGUAUAAGCGAUGUCGCGUGCGAUAUAAAUAGUAAAGUGUACGAGUCCUGCUUAAAAAUCAUGGAAUAAUUUGUGUGCGAGAUGUACGCCACAAAAAAAAAUGGUUUGAUUAAGUGCAACUCGGUGAAUGCCGCUCGUAAGUCUUCGUUCCAGCGGAACUUUGCCAUGAGUCACAACACCGAAUUAUUUAAAUCAACAGUGACCAACUUCGAGCCAAGUAUGAUAUCUCCAUGUCAGAGUGAGCUGCAGCAACAUUUAUUGCGUACAAUGUAUAUCAAUAGCAUGUGGUGUAGAGCCACCGAAUACGCACCCACCAUAUUAAAUCCACUUGAUUACGGAUGGAUAUUGAAAAGCGAACAACAGUACGGUAUUGAAUGGUUUAAAGGGGACCAAAUGCCAGACAACGUUAUUGAUGUUUUAAAUGCAUCAGUUGAAGAAGAAACAAAUAAAGACGUCUUGUUAGAGCCAUCGAUUGAAAAAACUUAUGAAACUCCCGAACAUCGUGAUGCUGCAAUCGCUGCUGAAAUUGCUGCCGAAGGAGAAAAUAUCGAAAGAAGAUGAUCACGAUUUAGAUGAUGACAGUGAAGGAGAAGGAAGUGAGGAACAGGAAGAAAUUAAUUAUGACAUUAGUGAUGAUGAUCUGGACAGUAGAGAAAGUGAUGCAGAUGAUGAAGCUGAUGAUGGAGAAAUAAUUUUUGUUUAAUUUAUA